AUGCCUUUGAAACAUCGUGAUUACGCUCUAGCAGGCCUCGGCGGAUUCAUCGCUUGGGGUUUCGCUAUCCACUGGCUUCCAGUUCUCCGAUACUUAGGAUAUGCUCUGGCCCUAGGGGCCUUCCUUGCGUCGAGCGCUAUCUUUGGUCUAGUUCUUCUCACGACUCGAAACUUGCCCUCCUCCAAGUUUACUCGCCCCAAAACUCUCCCUGUCGCAUUCGUCUCACGUCGACACUGGAAGAAUGAGGUUCAAAGGUACGGGAAGCGCGCCGAGUAUCAUGCGGAGUCGCUCUACCCUGAGUCAUUCAUUGUCUCUGAAAGUCUAAACGAAAUCCUCUCGUUCAUUACAAGGGACUUUAUUGCGUCCUGGCACCGCAGUAUCAGCUCAAACCCCGCUUUCCCCAACGAGGUGGACAAGGUGAUACGGACAGCGGUUGGCAACCUACGCAGUCGACUUCUGGCGGAGGAUAUUGUGUCUCUAGUUGUCUCUCGCAUAUUUCCUAUUUUGACCACUCACCUCAAGGAGUUCGACAUUGCGGAGCGAUCUGUGCGGGGAAGGAACUUGACCCGCAAUGUUACCGAAUCCGAGGAGUUGGAUCUUGCUAUCGCAAAGAAAUAUCGUGAUGGCCAACUACAUCCAGCCGCAGUGCUGUCGCUUUCGGACCAGAAGGCAGUGGAGCAGGAGUACUUACGCAAAGUAACUGUUGGUUUGCUGCCUCAAUUAUUCCCUGCGAAUGUCCUUAAUAGUCGCAUCGUCUCUGUGCUCAUUAGGGAAAUUCUCUCAUGUGCAGUUCUUUUCCCUCUCGUCUCAGUGGCCUCGGAUCCGGACACUUGGAAUCAGCUGAUUGAAGCCUAUGGGCGAACCACACUUCAGGAUCGCAAAACGGUACGAAAGCUUCGGGCCGCCCUGGAUGAACAUGCUUCUCCAGCUCCCAAGGCAAAGCGCGGUCACCCCUUUCCGCGUCUCUCACCGAACGAUUCUGAACGGGCUUUUGAGCGGUUUGUUCGAACUAUUCGACGCUGCAAUAAUCUUUCGGACGCCCGGCGAUUCAGAGCUCUUAUAGCCAGCCAGUUGAAACGAGAGUCAAUGGUGGAAGGGCAGGACCCAGUAUACCUUAGACGACUUGAAACCGGAAAAAGAGUGUUGGACCAGAAGGUGGCCAAACUCUCAGCUCCCAAUGAUCAGACGUCCCAUGUUGCAGCCGCGGCUUCACACUUUCGCCGCAAGAGCUCAUCCGCGACUCAGGAAGCCUCUUUGGUUGACGUGAUGCAUGAUGCUUCGGGUCUCUCGUAUUUUAUGGAGUUUAUGGACCGCCAGCACCUCAUGUCCCUCGUCCAAUUCUGGAUCGUGGUCGACGGGUUCCGUAAUCCACUUGAGGAUGACUUUGGAGAUGAGACAUCCCCCAGCUCGAACACUUGGACUACCGCGGACAGGAACGAUAUAGCUCUGAUAAGUGCAACAUACCUCGCAAAACCUGAACUGAAGGUGACGGAAGAAUCUCGCCAAGUAGUGAAAGCCUUCCUGAGCGCAGGAAAGCGCGCCACCCCCGAACAGUACCGCAAAGCCCGUACGGUGAUAUUGUCCACCCAGUCUGCAAUAUUGGAGGAGCUACAGGAAGUUUAUUUUCCCAAGUUCAAGCAGUCAGAUCUAUACUGGAAAUAUCUUGCGUCCGAUGACGUUUCACAUGGUAGCGCAGCCAUGUCAUCACCUUCUUCUCAGCAAAGCCUUGUGGGCAGUCUUGAUGCUCAGGAAAGACGCCCGCUUCCCCUGUUGUUAAACCGAACGGCAUCUCAACCUGGACCUAAAGCGAAGGUAGAUCUGCGAAGAGCAGCUAUCUCGUCAAACGACGUCUCUGGUUUGGGAAAGCUCUUUGACGGCGAAGAGUCGACGAGGCGAUCAAUGGAUUCCGAGCGUUCAGCACCACUAUUUGACGACGAUUAUGACACCGAUCCGCUUGCUUUGUCUAGCCAGAGUCUUGGCCAAGAUACGCCGAAUGGGGGUCCUGAGAUUAGUGAGAGACGAGUAAUUGAGAAUAUGGAGGCAGCUUUAAAUGAUAUCAUUACCAAUGUGCCCAAAAAUGGGAGGAUUGAGGAGCUCUCUACUAGUGACAUUCACCAGGGAUCACCACGAAACUCAAAUGAAUCUUCUCGCGUGGAAGGACGUGGAGAUGACAAACUGAAGCCCAGCAUCGCCUCCUUAGGGCUUGUGGACGGGUCCUCGCGCCGCGGAGUAUUUGAUGACGACCUCUUUCCCGAGCAGCAAAAUUAUCUUGAGGAUGAAUAUGAGGAGCCAGAAGGUACAGCUGGCAAGUACUCUGCGCUCGAGGUUCAUGAAGCUGCUCCGGGAGAUCUUGGGUUGACGGAAGCAAUUCAGGCGCUCACAGCAGAUAUUGAGAAGCUUGGGUCACAGGAAGCAGUAGUCGACACUUUGACUCGAAAGGCAGAACUCACCAACAAUACGGCAGAGCUAAGAAUUUUGAGAAAGUCCAAAAUGAGCAUUCAACGAGAGCUUCACCGUAAAGAGAUGCAACGUCAGCAAUAUAUGAUUCAGGAGAGCGAUAAUAGUCUUUAUGGCCGGUCGACCGUCCGAAUCAAGUCCAUUGUAGUGGGUAAAGAGGAGGACGGCCGAGAGUUUGCUAUGUAUGUUAUUGAAGUGCAAAGGAACGCUGGGGAGCAGAUGCCCGCAGGGUCCUGGGUGGUUGCGCGCCGAUACAGCGAGUUCCACGAGCUUCACCACCAAUUACGGACGCGUUAUCCGUCUGUUCGUCAGUUAGAGUUUCCUCGGAGGCGGAUGGUCAUGAAGCUCCAAAAGGAGUUUCUCCAGAAGCGACGUUUGGCUCUCGAGGCGUACCUUCAGCAUUUGCUGCUUCUCCCGGAAGUAUGCCGGAGUCGUGACUUGCGCGCCUUUCUCUCUCAGCGCGCAAUCAUCCCACGCGACGAGACACCGCGGGAUGGAGAAACAAAGGAUCUCGUGACCCGUAUCUACAACUCUGUUGCCGAUGGCAUGGACGAUUUCCUAGGAAACUUCGGUGUGCUGGACCAACUCUCAAUCGCCGGUCAGAAUCUCAUCUCCGCGGCCACUAACCAACAACAACCCAACACUAGUGCAGUAUCAACAGACUCUGGUCUCACGACUGAAGAUGCUGUCACGACCGCUGAAGCCGAAGCCGAGUUAAAUGCCUUUGAAGACCGCGAACUUGAACCCUUCAUCAAGCCCAUCUGCGAUCUCUUCCUGGAGACCUUUGAGCUCAACAAGGGAAACAACUGGCUUCGCGGCCGCGCAGUCGUCGUGGUCCUCCAUCAGCUUCUUGGCGGUACAAUCGAACGCAAAGUUCGUGAAGGUGCCCGCUCGCUAUUUCAGGACGAGCACCUUCUCCGCUACCUCACGCUAGCGAAGGACACCCUCUGGCCUGGUGGUGUUCUUCGUGAGAACAGAGUACGCACAGCUUCCGAACGCCUUAAGAGCCGAACAGAGGCAAGUCUCGUUCUUGCAACCCUUGUUCCUGAACUAGCGGGUAAUGUAGUCGGACGCGCAAACGCCCAAGCUGCAGCAAGGCGAAUCUUCGCAACACUAAAUAACCAGCGACUAAACGCCCAUUUAAUCUUCACUCUCCUGGACGAAAUCGUUCUAGUCCUGUUUGGUGGUGAAAAGGUCACUGGCCGGACUCGACUGUGA